CACGUAAUGAGUUUCGACUCGUUCUUCGUGGAAUCGCCAUAUUUUACGGAUCGAACGGGAAGCUUGACAACGCCAUUGUGUGGAUUGUGUUAUUUUUCGACGAUCGCGUCGAGUCUUUAGUAAAAUAGCGAGCGCCGAAUAUUGCGGCUUCAUUUGCUUUAUCGAGAGCCUGAUAUCGCGCUGAAACAACGAGUCACCGUGAAAGAAGUUGAAUAAAUGUGCAAACAUCAUGUAUAGCAAUAACAUUGAUCCUUGGGAACCUGGCUAUGGGCCAGAAAGAAGAAGUCACAAUUCUGAUUAUGAUUAUCGCAAUGAUUAUGGAAGCAAUAGAUCACCAGAAUAUUCGGAACAUCGAGAUGUUGAUCAUCGCGACAGGGAUCAUCGUAGUCCAGACUACAGGAAUCAUCGUGGAAGAGACAGGGAUCGCGAGAGGGACCGUUCAAGGGAUAGGAGAGAUCGUAGCAGAGAUGAGCGUGAUCGCAGCUAUAGGGAUCGCGAAGAUCGUUAUGGAAGGCAAAGAGACAGAGACUCUGUAGAACGGGACAGGGAUAGAGAUAGGGACAGAGACAGAGAUAGAGAUCGUUCUAGACGUGACAGAGAUCGGGAUAGAGAUAGAGAUCGUAGGGGAAAACGGGAAGAUCGGGAUCGUGAUCGCGACGACGAUCAUAGUCGGGAAAGUUUGGACUUUGAACACGACCAUGGUCGUGCCUAUAGCUCGUCCAUGGAAGGGAUCCACUACAAAUCACAAUCGCCCAACAACACCAUAAUGAUACGUGGGCUUGCUCAACAUAUUACUGAAAAUGACGUGCGGCAAGACAUCCUCAAUUGUGGCCUCAUGCCUAAGGACAUCAGGCUAAUCCGGAAAAAAGAUACAGGUGCUUCGCGAGGUUUUGCAUUCGUCGAGUUUAACGCGACUCAGGAGGCCGCACGGUGGAUGGAGAUGAAACAGGGAGUGCUGAUGCUGCAGGAUCAGUAUCGUGCAUUGAUGCAGUACAGUAUACCGAAAGAAUGUCAUGUGGAUAAACCGCCAGCCAAGAAUACGCAGGAUUGGCACUGUGUUAAGUGUGGAGCGCACAACUUUAAACGACGCGAGACCUGCUUCAAAUGUUCCGCUUCCCGAGCGGAGAGCGAGGAAGGCGGAGAAGGAAGCGACGAAAUCAGCCCACAUCCCACCAACACUGUACUUUUACGGGGAUUAGAUGUAUUAACGACCGAGGAUUCGGUCCUACAAGCGAUGAAGAAUCUGUCGUCGAUGCCGAUACGUAGCAUUCGCAUUGGUCGCGAUACUCUUACAAAUACAUCUCGAGGGGUAUGCUAUCUGGAGAUGGGCAACGUAGUGGAUGCGAUGUACCUGCAUACUGCACUCACGAAGCAAGGACUGGUAGUUGACGGCAGAAAGGUGGAGAUCACAUAUUGUAAGCUUCAUCAGAUCAGUAACGCGAACGCGUGGAAGUCGAACGAUGCCCAGCCGCAGAGAUACACUCUGGACGACGUCGCCCAAUUGGCCGAAUACAGUGCCAACUUAUAUGCCAAAACGCCUGCUCAAAAGGCCCAUUAUCUUCAGUAUUAUACGCAGUACUAUCAGAAUCAGAUAAUGCAGGGCUCGGCGAUCACAUUGCCAUCUCUGAAUCAGACAGAUCGAGUAAACGCGGCCGCGGCUGUGGCGCAAUCUGCUAUACAACAAUUGCAGGCAUCCAGGAAAUUAGGAAGCGAUGCUGACGAUGUAAAAGGACGACCAACUCCUACAGCACCGUCUAGUACAACGUUAGCGAGUGGAAGAGUUCCCGCACAUUCUAGCGAUGGAAAAGUAUACUCUGUACCAGACGUCAGCACUUAUCAUUACGACGAAUCAUCUGGCUACUAUUAUGAUCCUAGUACGGGAUUAUAUUACGAUCCGAAUUCGCAAUAUUAUUACAACAGUCAUACACAACAGUUUCUUUAUUGGGAUGCUGAGUCAUUCUCUUAUCAACCAGCCAAGACUACUGCGAGUACGACGCAGGGCGCUGCAAGUACAAUAACAGCGACGGCAAGUGGUACAGAUUCCGUGAGCACGAGCAAUCAGGCUACGACUUCGUCAGCCGCUAACAUAACUCAAGAGGCAGCGAAAGAAGAUGAAAAUAAAAAAAAAGACACCAAGCAAGACAAAGUAAAGGUAGCGAAAAAGAUAGCAAAAGACAUGGAACGGUGGGCUAAAACAUUGAACCAGAAAAAAGAAAAUGCGAAGAAUAAUUGGAACUCGGAAUUUGCCGGUGUGGACGGCAAUCAGGGUAUCGGUGGCAGCGGUGCGGCGGACGCGGGAUAUGCCAUUCUGGAAAAGAAAACUAUCGCAACUCCUUAUCACGAGGACGAGGAUCAGAGUGGUAAUGGAUUGGUAGCCGCUUAUGGUGGCGGUAGUGAUACAGAGGAAGAGAUAGAAGAUGUACAGCAGGAAGAGAAACAGCAUACUGAUUGGAGUAAACUGGCAUGUCUACUCUGCAAACGACAGUUCCCGAGUAAAGAGGCAUUACUCCGGCAUCAACAGCUAUCCGAUCUUCACAAGCAGAAUCUGGAAAAUUGGUACCAAGUACGUGGUCUAGAUCCUAACGAUCCGCAGCAAAGGAACAACAAAUACAGAGAUCGUGCUAAGGAAAGACGGGCCAAGUAUGGCGAACCUGAACCACCGCAACCUAAUAAGUUGAAAGAGAAAUACUUGAAAACUAGAGUGGAGGACAUGUCGGUGUCUUACGAAGAGCCUACGCGAGCCGGCAUCGGAUCAGACAACGUCGGCAAUAAAUUGCUCCAAAAAAUGGGCUGGAGUGAAGGAAUGGGCUUGGGAAAAUCUAAUCAAGGUAGAACGAGUAUUAUCGAAGCUGAAAGGCGUGUCCCUACGGCCGGAUUAGGAGCGAAGACUUCGUCGUAUAGCGCACUACCGGGCGAUACUUAUAAGGAUUGCGUUAAAAAAAUGAUGUACGCGCGAUAUCAAGAAUUGUCUGACACGUAAUAGGUAAAGUAUAGAUACACUAUAAUAGAUUUUAUAUAUAUAUAUAUAUAUAUAUAUAUAUAUAUAUAUAAAAUAUAUGAAUAUAUAAGUAUACUCGUACUCGAUUUUCCAUAGACACAUAAUUACACACAUUCGUAUUGUUAUCCGAAUACUGUAGUUACUUACCAUAACUGCACAGUGAUAGCCAAUUUUUGGAAACUGUGUGUAUACUCUAUGCAAUAUAUUAACAUAUUUCAUACAUCCUCGUAUGUAAUUCUGUUUUCAUAUGCUUCAAAAUAAUGGCAUAUUGUAUAAUUUUGCUUUCUUUUUUGUAAUAUAAAAAUAAUUGUAAUUUAAAAAUAUAAUGAUUGUCACACACAAGAUCCAUACGCAACAUACCACACAUGUAUACACAUAUGCCAUUUUCUACUUUUAUUUAUAUAACGACGGUGUCACACUUGCGAAGUAAUUCUCGUUUUAAUCCCCUUUUAAUUAUAUUCUUUUUGAUUCUUGUCAAGAGUUGUGAUUUUUUCUAUAGAACAAACUGAAUCAUUUUGUUGAAAAAUAGUUGAUUAUGAAUUGUAUCAUUGUUCAAUGCAAUAAUAUUCUUCGCCAAAAAUAAAAUAUGUACAGUCGAUUAUCAAUGUAAGUACAUUAGUAAAAGAAUCGAUGGCGAACGAAUUUGAUCAUGAAAAGUUCUCUUUAAAAUUGUAAGCAAUACAACAGAACAUCACAAGUUAAAUUUUGAAGCAUAAUAAAAUAUUCGUUGAUUUAAUAAAGGAGUUGUAUGAACAGCAUCUUUACUAUGAAUAUUGUCACAUUGUGAGAAAUGCUCGUUCUUUUUAAUAUGUUUAGGAAGCGAAAAAAUACACGACCUAUUCCUCUUA